AUGGCUGAUGCCAUCAACCCCCGGAUGACGCAACUCAAGGACCCGGACACCCGGCGCAGUCGGUCCUUUGGCGGAUGUGGAACUUGUCGAAACCGCCGGAUGAAGUGUGACGAGGGUCGGCCCACAUGCGCCAUGUGCAGAGCCUCAAGCCUCACAUGCAGCGGUUAUGAGAAGAAUAUCUUUUUCGACUUUGAGGACAUUCCGAGCGUCGGGAUGGCGCGCUUUCGGAGGCCCCUGUUGACAGAAUCGGAACGCGAGUCAAUGAGCGACGAGCUCGUCUCCAGCAUUCCGCCGGCACUGACUCUUUGGCACAUUGCCCAGAUUGAAGACGAAUGCGAGAGGACACCCCUCUCUCAAAAUGUUCAAAUCAGUCGAGGUCCUUUCGGGGCUUUCAGAGUACACCGACUCUCGCUUGAUUCUUCUAAAGCUGGCACCGGAUCUAGUCCAGAGUCAAACAACCCUACAGUUGGUAGCCCUCCAAAGACCGCGCAAGAGGUCGGUGAGGAUAGUCCCGAGGAUGCGGACGAGGAGCUCAUACCUCCAUCAGACGCUGCUCCAGUGCAAGAGACAACGCCAUUAUUGGGACCCGCCCUUGCAUGCUCUGGUGACCGUCCAUUAAGCCCGCUGACUGAAUGGUGGAACACGAACGAGUGGUGGAACAUGGGCGACCUCCCCGGCGUGAGCAACUGGUGGGAUACGCCCGUGGGAUUAGAUCGUGUGCGCAAUAUCUCUGACGGUGUGUCCUUUCCCGGUAUCGAUCAAUAUUCGAGGGUGCCAAUGCAGGUUACUUCCCAAGAUGUUCAAGUUCGUAUCCCGAACAUCUUCACAGAUUCCCAGUCCCACCAGCUAGCCACGUCAGAAAACUGCUCCAUCGCUCCCACAAUCGACUACGCUGUGCCCCACGAUGCCGUCUUCCUUCUCCGACACUACUCGACAACAGUGCUGCGAGGCUUCACACCCUUUCGCCACAGCAAAACGCCAUGGCACAUCCUAUUCAUACCAUACGUCAAGAGUUGCCUAGCAGCACUGACUCUCGGAGACGACAUGGACCACGCCAGCCUAACGGCAUUCUACGGCACGCUCGCCAUCAGCGCCUCCAGCCUCGGCGGCAUCUCCAACUCGCACAAGUGGUCCCAGCAGGCAGAGAACUACAAGCAGCGCGCUCGCCAUCACGUCCGUCUCAUGCUGCAGACAGCCUACGACGUUCCGAAAAAGGCAAAGUACAAGUCGAUACUGAUCGCGUUUCUGACCAUGGUGCAAAUCUCGAGCGUCUCCGGCAGCCGGGAUCAGGUCGAGUGCUACCUGCUAGAAGCAGAAAAGUUUAUACGCAUCAAGGGCCUCAAUAGGAAGAAAUCUCGCAAAGUCCGGCUGCUGCAUCACUGCUACGCUUUUGAGCGAGUCCUGCAUGAGACCACGUUUCCGGGAAGCACGCAGUCUCCACACCGUCUUCACGUACGCAAGGUGAUUGAAACGAGCAACGCCAGUGCCUAUAGUCUGGAUAGCCUGUCGUUCCAAUUGGCAAGCUGGAGAAAUCUUGACCAGGAGAUGUUGAGGGUCAAGGGGCGAGAGGAGGGAGAAAACGACCUGCAUCUGCAAAUACCGGGUGUCUGGCUCGCAACGCUGUAUCCAGAAAUCUUUGGUAUCCCAGAGAUCUACAUGUUCCUCCUCUCGCUCGUCAUUCGACUGGCUCGUUCAAAAGAAGACUCGGACUGCUCGAGUCCCGCAGGUCUGAAAGAAUUCAUGUUCCGCGCCAAGGCAGUCGAGAGACGCAUUCACCAACUCAGACGGCAGCCCGGGUACGUCAUAGCAGACUUACCGACCUCGGACCCGGAGCUGCAGCACUGCCAACAAUUUCUAGAUAACCUGUCUCAGGCAAUGUUGCUAGCCUUAACCAUAUUCUUCUAUCGGAGGGUGUACGACGUGGAGGCAGACAUUUUACAGGACAAGGUCAUCGGGGUGCGGGACUGCUUGCUCCGGUUUGAGGCUACCGAGUCUGCGAUGGGAUACGGAUCAGCCAGGCUGGUGUGGCCUGCGGUGAUUGCGGCAAGCGAGGCGGACAACCCAGAGGUGCGGGAGUCGUUUGCGCAGUGGUUCAGGGAUUGGGCGCGUCGGAGUGGUCUUCGUAUAUUCAGCGAUUCUCUUGCGGAUGUUGAGAGGCGGUGGGUUGAGAAGAAAUGUGUAGGGAAUGGCGGCACUGCCGAGGCCAUCUUGAUAUCAUGA